CACCCACAUUUUGACCCAGAGGAAAGUCUUUGAGUCCGACUGGGAAAAGAUGUGAAGGAUAGACAGGAAUUGUUCUUCUCAUCUUCUGUUUUAGGUGUUUUCAUCUCAAGAAGGUCACCAUGCUUUGGCUUCGCCCAGGUCAUGAUAUUACCAGUUCCCUGGAACCAGCCAACAUCGACACCAGUAUCCUGGAAGAGUACAUCAGCAAGGAGGACGAUAGCGCUGACAUCUGUUUCUCAGAGGUGCACAGCACCCCAGGACCAAAUUAUUCAUCUCCUCAGGCAGGAGUGUCCUCCUCUGGAGGAUUGGUGUGUGGUGUGAGCCCCCCUAUUCCUCUACGCCAAGGAGCCCAUCUGCCGGGGCCCUCUAGCUGUCAGAACGCCUACGGCCAGGGGCCAUCUCUGGGGCUCAGACACGCCUACCCCUGCCUCGCACAGCAGCAGCAGCAACAGACUCACGUCAAGCCAGAACAUAGGGGCCAUUACGCUCCUGGGACGCUUCCUGAGUCGCCGCCAGACUCCAGCUCUGAGCCAUAUUCCCCUCAACAGGUGAAUGAUCCUAACAUGAUCAGAACCAUGACUCCAGAGAACAUCUGCCACAUGACUCCAACACCACCCCUCCCACCACACGGCCACUAUCCCAGCAUGCAUCGGGACAUGUACCUGAAACCGGAGCCCAUGAUCUCCCAGUACCCCAUCGGUCCAGCCACCAGUGGAAGUGGGGACCUUCAGCAGACACAGAUGCUCCAUCAGCUGCUGCAGCAUCCUCAGGGCCAAGACAGCAUUCCUGCUCAUCAGGCCAAGAAGAGGAAGCACUCUGACUCUCCCAACAGCACCUUGAAUUCCCAAAUCCUCACAGGUAUCAUCAAACAGGAACCAGGUGUGAUGCAGGAUGCAGACAACUCUUACCUGGACCCAAACUAUCAGUGCAUCAAGUGGCAGCCUCACCAGCAGAACAAAUGGACGCAACUUUACGAUGCCAACUGCAAAGAGCUUCCGAUGCCAACCUACCGUGUCGACGCUGACAAAGGCUUCAACUUCUCCUUGGCAGACGAUGCCUUCGUUUGCCAGAAGAAGAAUCAUUUCCAGGUUACCAUCUACGUUGGGAUGCUGGGAGAUCCGAAAUAUAUUAAGACCAAUGAAGGCCUGCAGCCCCUGGACUGCUUUUACCUCAAACUCCAUGGAGUGAAGGUGGAAGCUAUGAAUCAGUCGAUCAGUGUGGAGCAGUCGCAGUCUGACCGGAGCAAGAGGCCCUUCAAGCCCGUGCUAGUAACCUUGCCUCCUGAGCAAGUCACCAAAGUUACCGUAGGGCGGCUCCACUUCAGCGAAACCACAGCAAAUAACAUGAGGAAGAAGGGCAAACCUAACCCUGAUCAGAGGUAUUUCAUGCUGGUGGUGGCGCUGCACGCACAGUCCCACAGUCAGAGCUACACUGUGGCGGCACAUGUGUCUGAGAGGAUCAUCGUCAGGGCAUCCAACCCGGGCCAGUUUGAAAGUGACAAUGAGGUUUUAUGGCAGCGAGGGCAGCUGCCAGACUCCGUUUACCACCACGGCAGAGUGGGCAUCAACACGGACCGUCCAGAUGAGGCCCUGGUUGUUCAUGGCAACCUGAAAGUCAUGGGUUCACUGGUCCAUCCGUCCGACAUCAGGGCAAAAGAAAAUGUCCAGGAGGUCAACACCACAGACAAUUUAAAGCGCAUUUCCCAGAUGAGGCUGGUCCAUUACCAGUAUAAGCCUGAAUUCGCCGCCACUGUGGGGAUAGAGAACACAGCAGAGACGGGUGUAAUCGCCCAGGAGGUUCAGCAGAUCCUACCUGAAGCUGUAAAUGAAGGAGGUGAUGUGGUGUGUGCUAACGGAGAAACUAUUCCAAACCUGCUGGUUGUUAAUAAGGAGCGUAUUUUUAUGGAGAACGUCGGAGCCGUGAAGGAGCUCUGCAAACUAACAGACAACCUGGAGACUCGAAUCGAUGAACUGGAGCGAUGGAGCCGCAAACUGGCCAAGCUGCGGCGCCUUGACAGCAUGAAAAGCACAGUGAGCGGCAGCACGGUUAGCCAGUCUGGAAGUUAUUUUAGCAGAACAGGAAGUGGUCCGCUCAAGAAGAAGACCAUCAAAGCCGGAUGCAAGAAUUCCCCCCCAGAUCAGGGCUGCAUCACUCAGAGGUUCAUGCAGGGGACCAUCCUGGCUCUCCUCAUUGUCAUGGCCUUCAGCGUCAUUUCAAUGUCAGUGCUUUAUGUGCUGACGCUCCACCAUAGAGGAGCCGUCACAGAGAGAGAUGGCUAUGUUUCAUCCUGUGUUCUCUACAUCUCUUGGAUGCCUAUCUUCACUGCCACUGUCACUGUCUCUACACCUGUCUACACAUGGUCUAGAGCACUGGAUUCGUCUCGCAAGAAUCCCUUCUCUCCAGUCUCCACCACAUCUCUACCAGCAUGCUGUUCAUCCACAGCUGUAAACAACCAAUCAGCAACCACUCUGACAUUGAGUAACAACCAAUCUACACCUGGUAUAAGUGUCCCAGUUCCCACGCCUGGCACCAUCGUUAAGAAAGCAAAAUCCAGGCAAACGGACAAAGAUGGCCACAACAGGAACCGUCUCAGCCACACCUCAGCACCCAUGUACUUUGCCAAAUCCAAAAGACCUGUGUCCCCAAAUGCAGAAGGAAUGGGAACCACCAACCGCCUUCCUCCAGGUCAACAGCCAGCACCAAGGAGACAGCGCAGCUUGCAUACGAAUGGGGCAGUUACUGCGCCGUCUCUAACUAGUGUUCACAUUGUAGAGACAAACCAAGAAAUCACAGCCCAAAGGUGUGACCCAGCAGAGAGCUGCAGCUACACGCUGUCACUUCUUAGGCAGAAAAAUGCUUCAAUAUCACAAAUUACGCUGCAUAUGAUGUCAAGAAAUAAUGUGUGGGUGAAACAGUGUGGAGCCACUAAAGGACGUUUAUGUCUCAACCGCACAGAAACUGACCUCUAUAGCGGACAGAGAGCAGCAACGCAGGGGACUCGUCAUCUGUGGUCGGUGCCCGUGUCAUCUUUCCAGGACAUCACCUAUCACUUCCGUGUUUCUCACUCUGGAGAAGUGAGCUGUGCCACAGAAGAAAAACUGCCGUUGCACUCUGACUACCAUUUUCUGAUCCGCAGUAACUGUGUGUGACGAGGAAGACGAGGAAGAUGAGGAAGACGAGGAAGACGAGGAAGACGAGGAAGACAAUGCGCCUCGCUGUUUUUUUCCUGCUUCUGGUUUUAGAUGCAGACUCUAACGAUAGGAGGGGAACUUUUCUGAUCACUGUUCAAGAUUUUAAAGAUAUUCAUGAAGAACAGGUUGUGCCACUGACCCUGCUGUAAUCCCUAGCAAAUGAAUUUAUGGAAUAAAUCCCUAAUCCC